AUGUCUUCCGAUACUAUCCUACGAUUCAUGGGGUUCCCUCGUCGAAUCUUCUACAGCGCCACAGUAGAAGACAAGCGAAAGGCACUUUGCAAAUCCAAAGACGCUCGGGAGUUCCUACCCUUGCUGCAAUUUCCCGAUAUUGCCGGUGAAUAUAAGCUCAGCGAUCUACUUCCACUUGAGAUCCGCCUCAAUGCUAAAGACCUCGAAUGGCUUGAAAAACAGCUUGAGCAAGGAAGAGCAUGGUGCCAGAGCCUAGUUGAGUUGGACAUUAAGGGCCGCUGGAUUGUCCAACGAGAAAUAUAUCUCAAAGAGGAGGCGCGGGUGUUGCACAAGUCCCUGGAAUGGUGUGAUUUUGAAGACGAUACUGAGAAAACCAGUCUACUGGGUAUCUGGGAAGAUGAGUUGAAGAGUCUGCACCGGCAACACUGGGAGCAUUACCGAGAAUUGUGGAUGUUAGAGGCCAAUAUGCCAGGAGGGCCGUUACGAAGAGCAUUCAACGCAUGGAGAAAGAAUCCUGACUGGUAUUUGACCACAUGGCUGCGUCAGGACUGUGCAGGCCGAGGAGGCUGCUGUGGUAGAGAGUGUGGAUGUUGUGAGAAGCCUAGAGAUACGGAUCGAGCAUUGAAUCGAGGGCAUUGCACCAGUGCCUGUGGCUGUUGCGUCCGCAGCCAUGGGUUCAAGGGCGAUGAAAUCAAGUUUGAUGACCUUAAGGCGUUUCCGUUUGAAUUGGAGCACCGGAAAACGAUGUAUAGUCGGCGUAUAGGUCGCGCUUAUAUCUGGGGCAUCGACUUCUUGAAUGAUCUCGAUUGA